CGGUACCACACCACGUGACGUCCCUUUAAGCUCUUUCUAGACUCUCCGCGACCAUGGCACGGUAAAGAUUACCACUUAUUGACCACAGCAGAGUUAAAAUAAAGUAAAUCUCGUCUCGCAUUUGUCCAGCUAUAAUACUCGACGAACGGUUCUUUGGAGGCUCACACGAGGCAGAAAUCUCCGGUGCUAGCGAUACAAGCACUUUUACGCGGGACGCGAGUUGGGAUGUUGACGCACCUUGGGUGACUUCAGUAGUUUGUCGGACUUGCUCGAGCAGGAAGAUAACGUCACACAAACGCUCGGGAGAAUGCCACAAGACUCGGGUGCCUUAUUUAAACAUUUCGUUGGUGCUCUUGGUCCCCGAACUCCUCGGAAUAUUUGCGCCAUCGGUUAAUAGAGAAUUUGCAUGCGCGUGGGUAGGGAGCGGAUUUUUAUAGCAGCGAUACUUUGUUGUUCGUUUCGUGGCUGCGCAAAACCUGAGCUCCGUCGCCGAUGACGCUCGAGCACUUGAAACAUUCUGCGAUACUUUCGACUUUAUUUCAAAUGGCUGAGGAUAGUGAUUUGAUGGGUGCUUCGGAGUUUAUAAAAGAUCGGCUUUACUUUGCCACCCUACGGAGCAAGCCGAAAAGCACCGCGAACACGCAUUACUUCAGCACGGACGAGGAGUAUAUGUAUGAAAACUUUUAUGCAGAUUUUGGACCACUCAACCUCGCUAUGCUGUACCGGUACUGCUGUAAACUCAACAAAAAGCUUAAGUCUUUCACUCUGACAAGGAAGCGGAUUGUGCACUACACCAGCUUUGACCAGCGCAAAAGGGCUAAUGCUGCUGUGCUCAUCGGUGCCUAUGCUGUGAUUUACCUGAAGAAAACACCGGAAGAAACCUACAGAGCUCUGAUCUCCGGAUCCAACGCCUCGUAUCUACCCUUCAGAGAUGCUUCAUUUGGGAAUUGCACAUACAAUCUGACUGUUCUCGAUUGUCUGCAAGGCAUUAGGAAGGCCCUUCAGCAUGGCUUCUUGAACUUCGAGACGUUUGAAGUUAAUGAGUACGAGCAUUAUGAGCGUGUAGAGAAUGGAGAUUUAAAUUGGAUCAUCCCCGGCAAACUUCUUGCAUUCAGCGGCCCGCAUCCCAAGAGUAAAGUAGAGAACGGUUAUCCCCUCCAUGCACCCGAGGCUUAUUUCCCUUAUUUCCGCAAGCACAACGUUACCACCGUAGUCCGUCUCAACAAGAAAAUCUAUGACGCCAAGCGCUUCACGGACGCCGGGUUCGACCACUACGACCUGUUCUUCGUGGACGGCAGCACGCCCAGCGACAUCAUCACUCGACGCUUCCUGCACUUGUGCGAGAGCACGGAUGGGGCUGUUGCCGUGCACUGCAAAGCGGGUUUAGGCCGGACGGGUACUCUGAUUGGCUGUUACCUCAUGAAGCAUUACCGUUUCACGGCCGCCGACGCCAUCUCCUGGAUACGCAUCUGCAGACCCGGGUCCAUCAUCGGACCCCAGCAGCAUUACCUGGAAGAGAAACAGGCGAGCCUCUGGGCCCACGGAGAUAUACACCGCUCCAAACAGAGGCAGUUUGAGGAGCGAUCUGUCCCUCACCUGAUCUCCAGUAUGGAUAACCUCUCCAUCAACACCUCUAUCUUCAAAUCUUACAGUUUGGACCGCAUGGAAGAGAAAGAUUAUCCCGAGAAUGACCUCGGGAUGACUCAAGGAGACAAACUGCGUGCCUUAAAAGGUCGGCGGCAACCCAGGUCUGCUACAACUGGAGCUAUAAGGCUUGAAGACAUGAAAAUGCACACCCGAUCUACAUCACAGCCUCUCAGCAGGAUGAAGCCGACAGUCACCAGCCAGGGCUCCGUCUCGCCGCUGAAGUCCUCCAAGGUCCCAUCAUCCUCAUCCUCCGCCUCUGCCAAGCGAAUCAGUCGCUCUUCUUCCUCCUCCACCAACCUCAAAAGCACCCGGUUAGCCAGCUCUCUUGGUAACCUGUACGAACCCGACAGCGAAGCCAACAGCUCCGUGAACAAGCCAUCCCCCUCCUCCUUCACUUCCUCUUCCCACACCCUCCGUACGGCCUACAGCGGCCCCCACAAUUACCGCUAUGAGGUCAACAAUAAUCGUUAUAAUACGUCCAGCAACCCGAACACUGGUCCAGACAGUGGGCGGAAAAGUCUGACCUUCAACCUCAACCACACCAGCCCGGUGGGUUCUUCCACACCUGGAAGGCUGGGGGCCGAGGAACAGGGUGCUCACAGGAGCUCCCAGACGGGGCUUAGCGGGCUCUCUGCACGCUACCUGAGCCGGUCCAUUCCCUCCCUUCAGUCUGAGUAUGUUCAGUACUAAAGCGGCGACUCUUCACUGACCCUGUGCGCCCAGACGGAUUCUGACCCACGAAGACCUCGUUGUGACCGAUGACCCUCCGGUUUAUUGUGCGCUCAAAAAUGUUUUCAGGAGGUGUGUUUAAGACUUCAGUGGAUGGUGUUCGGAUGCAGUUGUUACAUAAAGAAACCUAAGCUGACCGGGGAACAGUAAUACAAUACAUCUUGUUAUAACAGGGUUGAACUGAUCUGGAAUCUGACGACUAACCUUUGCCAUCCUUUUGCCACUUUUGCUUUUUUUUUAAGAUACUCGUGUAUGAAUACACACAAAGUAUAUUUUUAGAAAAAGUAUUUUGUACUAUUUUUCCGCUUUGUUUUAUCUACAAGUGAUCUUAUACUUGACGACGAAGCACGUUCUGCUGAGAUAUUCGUACGUCUGAUAAGGGAAUCGAUCUGACGCAAAUAUCAUGUUUUUGUCCUCUAGGUAUACUUGCUGAAUAACAUAUCAAGUGCAGGAGCUAUUUAUGAAAGGUGCAAAAUGGGUUGACGGCCUCACAUCAUCUUCGAAGGGUUCUAGGGCAAGAUUAGCCACAGGAAAGCGCAUGUUUUUUAUUUUAAUCAGGUUGUAGGGGUCGAAGGUGGUCUACUAAUGAGAGCACGAUCAUUAGUGAGCGAAAGAACGGAUCUCCAUUUAUUUUUCUCUGUAUAUGGAGAGCUUUGUUUGUUCGGUGGAGUAACAGGGUGAACUCCUGUUCUUUCCCAGGCCUUUGUGACACCGUACUGUAUGUUUUUAUUAAACCAACACGGCUCUAAGCUCACAUUGCUCUUGAGAGCUUGAAGGGCUGUUGAGAACGUAGAUUCGUCAAUGCUUUUUCUCGCCGCUUUCACCAGUGUCCCUGAGGACCUUUCGGCUGCUGGUCUCCACAUGCACCUUAUUUGCAUUUUGUAGCUUCAACACUUUCAAUAUACAUUCAGCACAUUUUGUAGACGUUUAUAUAAAUAACUAAACCCUUGUUCUUAAUGCACAUAACGAAUUUAUUAACGCAACAUUUUUGAUCAAGCGACAGUGUGAUAUGGUUUGCAUUCUUAAAAUCUUGGGUGUUUGUAUACGUUUACCAGCACGGUUUAAGCUACAAUGCUUAAAUAUUGACUACACAUUAAAAUAAUGGUAGAAUAAUGACAUAAUGUUCACCAAUUAGUGAACUAACCGUAAACGUUCUAUUUUUAUGCAAUUGCGUUGAAGUCUUGGAUUUUGUUAAUAACUGUAAUGACACUUUUGUUGUUGUUUAUUUUUCACCCUGCAGCACUGUACAUUCCAUAAGGUGUUAUAAUCUUUCUGUAUAUACAUUUUGGGAGAAUCUUGUUUGAUUGAAGAAUUCUACCUCUUUGAUAUAUAUAUACGGUUGUACCUGCUGUAAACUACUCUUUUGCUUAUAUAAAAAUUAUAUAUUUUUUUGAAACUGUGUGUAAAAAACAAAAAAAUCUAACAAUGUUACUGUAGAGCAAAUGUUUUGAUUUUCACAAACGUAGUGAAUGAAAUGUAAAAUACAAAGUAGUGGAUUGUACAUAAUUCUUUUACAUUGUAAACAGGCUUUCAACCACAAGAAAGAAAUAAACACGUUUUCAAGCGUGUGGGA